AUGAUAUUCUUACCAAUAUUUGAUGUGGAGACUCACUUGUUCAUUAAAGGGAUCAAUCCAAAUUAUACCCAGUGGAUCUUUCAUGGAGAGGAGGAGACAAUAAGUUUCAAUGAUGAUGACGACGAUGGUGUUGCUGAUUAUGCUGACGAGUACAUUGAUGACAUGGACCAUAUGUUAGAUGACGUUCGGGCAGGCACAUUCAUUGAUGUUCCCCAAGAUCAUCACAAUCCAUUGUCAACUGGUGGAUCAAUACUAGAUCUCUCUCCAAGUUCAUCUUUUGAGCAGUUACUAGAGGAUGCCCGGCGUCCACUUUUUGCUGGUUGUACAAAGUUCUCAAAACUGUCAUUUAUUGUGAAGUUGUUACACAUUAAGACAGUUGGUGGGUGGUCAAUAAAGUCCUUUGAUAUGCUACUUAACCUAUUGCAAUCCGCAUUUCCUGAUGCUGAAUUGCCAAAUUCAUAUGCGGAGUCAAGGUCAUUGGAAAAUGCUGAUCUUGAUGAAUGUCCUAUUUGUAAGGCUUCAAGGUGGAUGCCUAAUACACACAGGGCACGUCUUAUACCUAGGAAAGUGUUGCGGCAUUUUCCUUUGAAGCCAAGAUUGCAACGUCUCUUCAUGUCUGCGCAGAUAGCAUGUGAUAUGAGAUGGCAUAAAGAGCAUCGGCCAACCGAUGAGGCUACUAUGAGACAUCCUGCAGACUCAGAGUCCUGGAAGAGAUUUGAUGACGAACAUAGUUGGUUUGCACAUGAUGCUCGCAAUGUUAGGCUUGGGAUGGCAAGUGACGGUUUCAAUCCCUUCAAUAAUAUGGCUAAACCAUAUAGCAUUUGGCCAGUAAUCUUGGUUCCUUAUAACUUGCCGUCGUGGUUGUGCUUGAAGGACCAAUUCUUCAUGACAUCUCUCAUUAUUCCAGGGCCAAAAUCUCCAGGUAAUGACAUUGAUGUUUACUUGCAACUGUUAGUCGAUGAACUGGUUGAAUUUUGGGAACAUGGGAUACCUACGUAUGAUGCCUCCACAAAGGAUACGUUCGUGUUGCACGCUGCUUUAAUGUGGACAAUCAAUGACUUUCCAGCGUAUGGGAAUCUUUCUGGCUGGUCAACAAAGGGAAAAUUGGCAUGUCCAUGUUGUAAUGAAGGCACCGAUUCCAAUUGGUUGACGUAUGGACGAAAAUUUUGUUAUAUGGGACACCGUCGUUUCUUGCCACUAGAUCACAUGUGGAGAUUGAGAAAACAUUUGUUCAAUGGUAAAGAAGAUCAUCGCCCACCACCAAGGGUUUUAGAUGGUGCUGAUAUUGUAGCUCAACUACAGAUGCUUGGGGAAGUGCAAUUCGGUACAUCUCGUCGAAAGAGGAAGCGCACUACUGAAGAGUUGAACUGGACAAAAUAUAGCAUUUUCUUCAAGUUACCAUAUUGGGUAACCCUGCGGCUUCGCCAUAAUCUAGAUGUCAUGCAUAUUGAAAAGAAUAUAUUCGAUAACAUAUUAUGUACUUUAAUGAACAUCCAUGGUAAAACUAAGGAUAAUAUCAAUUCUCGACGUGACCUAGAGAUCUUGGGCUUCAGAAAAGAAUUACAUUUGAAGCAUGAAGAUAAACGUGUUACAAUGCCACAUGCAUUGUACGCAUUACAUGGUGAUGAGAAGAGGAAAUUUUGUGAAUGGUUGGCCGAUGUGAAAUUUCCAGAUGGAUUUGCUUCGAACAUCUCGCAUUAUGUUUCAGUACGUGAUUGCAAAAUUUCAGGGUUGAAAAGCCAUGAUUGUCAUGUUUUCAUGCAAAGACUACUUCCUAUUGCCGUGGGGGGGGUUCUUACGAACUGA